GGUGCUUCGAGAGCUGCUCUGUCGAUGGUCAUGGCUCAGGAGCAUGUGGCGUUCAGUGCUCCUCUCAUCGCGAAGCUCGAAGCGUGGGGUUAUGGGGACAAGUCUCCGGCCCCCCUUGCCCAUAUCAUAAGUGCAUUGGACUCGCAACCGUUGGCUCUGGUUGAGAGGUUGUCGAACGAUCUAACUCACGUGAAUGAAAUUUCCCAUGACCUACGAGUCAAAGUUGCAGCCCUCACGGACAGUCUGAAGCAGGAGAGACUGCGCGUGGAACAACUUGUCUGCGAGAAUCAGAAGCUUGUUAAAGAUAAAGCGGAACUCGAAAAAAAUGCCCAAGAAUUCAGAGAUUUGAUCAGCGAAUUAAAAAAACAUGAAAACGAAGAAGAGCAAGUGCAACAGUGGAGAGCACAAAGUAUGCAUCAGCUCCAGGAGCUGGAGAGCAUGAAUCAAGCCCUUCGCUCGACUCUCAAUCUUCAAUCCUGCUGUCUCGCUCCCGAAAGUAAGGAUGUUGGAGCCAACCAGCCCAUUGAAGCUGCACCGAAAAUCACCCUGACCAAAGUUUUAGCUGCACGAGGCAACAUCCCAGGACCUCUGAAGACGAAGGUCAAAAGCAGCAAUCCGAAAUUGCUGCAUCUAGUAAAUGUUGCAGAUAUGAAGUGUAAAUUGCUGGAGGAAGAACUGCACGUGUGGAAAGAGAAGCACACAAUUCUCGAAGACAAACUUCAAUCUACUGAAAGAGAGCUCACUUCUCUGUCACGUAACACGGGAACUGGGCUCUGUUCUCUGUCAACUAAAAACGAGACAGAAAAGAACGAGAUCGCUCGACUGUCGUCUAAAGAUGUGGGAGUUUGUACUGAGAGCCAACCUCAGAAACAUGAAGACGUAGAAUGUGGAGCCAGUACUAUCUUGCCUUCUUCAAAGUUAGAGGACUGUAGGUUGAUGAACGACCUGCUAUCUUUGUUCCAGGAUUACGAGAAGGGUUUGAAGCGCCUGACAGAAUCCCACUUUUUCGACUUAGAAUCAUUAACAAGACUAGGAACCCUCAACAAGCAUCCGCAUGAGGAUUUCCCUGGGGAUGAAAAUUCCCUCGAGAAAGUCAUGCAGGAGUUUUCAGGUCAACUACAAUUUAAGAGCAAGCAGCAGGGCUUAGCAGCACUGUGCACGGAAGGAACGAACUACCAAAUUCUUCCAAGACCUCUGAAGAUGAAUGGAGCGAAUGAAGAAUUGGAUCAAAAACUUUUCCAGUUUGGUCAAAAAAUUAUACAUAUGAUCAAGUCCAUCAUAUCAUUCAAAGAUCAAAUUGCCAUUAAGUUGGAAGAUGGCAAAGCAAAAGUGGAGGAGCUUCGAUCAGUUUUCGAGUCACAGAGGUUCCAAGUAGCAUCGUUGCGGUCGCAGCUCAUUAAGAAAACUGAUGAAAUCAACUUCAUCAUGGAUGAGAAGGUAGUGGGAGAAGAAGCUCUACAAGCUAGCCAGCUUGAAUGCAACGAGCUGUCGUCAUUGAUCAAGGAAAUUGACGGGAGUAUGGUGCAGCUAACAACUGCAUUGGCCUCCAGGACUUGGGAGCGUGAUCAGGAUUCAGAAUCAAGGAAGAGUACGGAACAGGAGCUACGAAAGAGAUACAGCAACUUGCUGUCUCAAUUGGACGACGCUCGGAAUCAAGUCAUAAAGCUUAAGCUGGAACUUGAGCAGAGGAGAACGCAACAAGAAAAGGAUAAAAAACAAGCAGAAGGCCUGAUCUCAGAGCUUCAGAUAUGCACUAAGCGCAUGGAAAGUGCAGAACAAGACGUCGAGCAACUGAAGACCCUUAUUAUCCAGCUGGAUGCUGCGCGGGAGGAUCUGGUGGAUAAGCUGGAGUCAACAAUGUCAAAAGAACAACAGGCGGAAAAACAUAUUGCAGCACUGGAGGGAGAAGUUGUACAGUUAACAGAUCUAGUACAAAAUAGGACAGCGGAAGUCUCAAAUACCUGUGGCUUGCUUGAGGUCCUGAGCAAUGAACGUGAUCAUCUUCAGUCCGAGCUCAACAACUUGAGAGAAAAUUUGUCACUAGAAGAAGCGACUAGAAACCGACUUGAAGAGCUUUGGAAUUCGAAGUCCAGUGAGCACCGAGCAGCCGCAGAGGAACUCGCGGCCCUCAAGUGCGAUUACCAACUAUUGAAAACUGAUUUAGUUCAGCUCAAUGAAGGCAGCGCACUGUUGAUGGAGGAUCUGAGAAUCAUGACAGACAAAGCAAAUCAGUUUCACCAGGCAUUAAUUGUUCGGGAAAGAGAGCAAGAGAAUAUCUUUCGUCUUUAUGAAAGUGUUUGUGAAGAAAAUCACCACCUUAAGUUGGCCGUCUAUGAGAUAGAAAACCAGAUUCAGCAACAAAUGUUUCAUCACGAGAACAUGGAGGGCAUGCUUCGCAAAGCAGAUGAGCAAGUCAAAGCCCUUGUUGAAGAAAAUGAACGUGUUGUGUCAGAACUGAAGGGACUGGAACGACAAGCAGACUUAAUGACGCGGUCUCUGAAUCAGCAGUCAGGACUUCUCGACGACCAUGCAAAGGAAAAAUCAGUGUUUAUUUCGCAACUAGCAGCAGCCAAAGUGGCCAUCAGUGACUUGGAAACAAAACUUAGCAAGAGUCUUAUGGAGAUGGCGACGCUAGAAGAGAAAAAUCGGAAGCUGUCUGAGAUGCUCCAAAACAGUAUCCAGGAAGUAGAGAAGUUGUCAGCAACUUGCAGCAUUGACCAAGAGCGGGUGAAAAAUCUGGAGCACCUACUGGCUUGCGUUCGAGAAGAAGAGCAAAAGUUAGAGAUGGCAAGCAAGGAUACUGUCUCUGAAAAUUUGCUGUUGAGAGAAAGAGUUUCUGUCUUGCAAGAGCAGGUCAAUCACUUGCAAGUCACGAGAAGUGCUCAAAACCAGGACAUCAUGCGGCUGCAAAUGUCCAAGAACAGAAUCGAAGUGGAGGAAAGUAGAAGAUUGUGGUCUACAGCAAGUUUUCCAGCAUAUUCAACCCAAUCCUUAGAUUCUCAACCUUAUCAACCCGCAAAAGAUCUCGCCGCCUCGAAGAUCCAAGAUUUGGAGAAGAAGAUUGCUUCAGUAACAGCUGACCUAUCGAAGACUACAGCACUUUACAAGGAUUGUCUCUCAAAGCUUCAGAGAGCAGAGUCGAGCUUUUCGGAAUUGAGAACGGAGUUCGACCAUGUGUUGGGCUUACUAACGAAGGUUGACGAAGAAAGGAUCCAGUUGCGAGAAAAAUGUGCUGAGUUGGAAGGAACAGCCUUAAAACACCCAUGCUCGGGGCACAACAGUCCCGUCAAGCAUAGCCACCCGGAGAUUGUAUGGAUGCAGAAGGAAUGUCACAGGUUGAAAAAGGAAUCAGCUCUUUUAGAGCCAAGUUCGGAAACAGCUACCACUUUAUCUUGAAUCUAAGAUGCUCAAAGCCAAACUUGUCACUGACAGAAAUAUGUUCGUACUACACUGCAAUGCCUGGAGGGCUACAACAUCGUUUAUCUACUGGGGAGACUUCCCUCUUGUAACCCGACUUGAGAGCAGGACGAGUCAGCUCAAUUCACUUGUAGAUCAAAUUCCAUUACCGGGUGGAGGGCUGGUGCCAGCACUCCAGAGCAAAUUGUCUUAUUGACAAUCAUUGAUGACUGGAGAUAGAACCAGGAGAUGGUGUGCAGCUCGACCCACUAGUUUCCGGGAUGUGUCCAUAAGACUGUAAUAUACAUUCAUUUUAGCACUGGGGCUGUAGAUCGUGGAGUCUACUGAUGCAUGCAGAAAAGAUGUCUGAAGAGAGAACCGUGAGAUUGAUGUGUCUAUAAAAGUGUAAAUUACAGUCUACCGAUGCAUGCAGAAAAGAACACGAGGCCAAAAAUUGAAGGAGCUGUGCUGUUGAUAAACUUCUUCAAGCCGCUAACACGUUCAGAAAUUUCAGUCCUGUCGUUUCCGCUGAAGACCAAAACGUUAAUCAAAACCAAGAGUUUUGUUUAAUACCCAGGAUUCGAGGCGUUUAUGCUUAGGGAUGUAGCCAUCGAUCGCUGCCUCAACAACUCCUCGCGUUUUGAGUAUGUGACGGAGGGUCGGUAUUAUGCAUCUUUACCAGAGCUAAGGAAGUAUUCGCUGCACCUAAUCUGAGUAGGCGUUGAGCAAUUCAUGUUUAUAUCCGAUCCAAGCUUUU